GAUGAGUUGUCCAGGAAAAGGAGACAUGUCUGUGCACGACAACUUUCAUUCUCUACCUGCGUUAUUCAGAAUGCUUUAUUCUUGAGGGCGAGCAAUUUACACAUUUGAAUUGUGUCAGUAAGCAAAGUAGCACAUUUCCUGCUUCUACGCUGAAAUAAUUUCUAAGUUCAGGCAUGAAAAUCUAAUUGUCAUAUUAUCACUCUUCCUCGUGGUGUCGUACUUUUUCCAUAGAACAUGUGGGAGCUUUGGUUUCUGCUCUUGGCUGGAAACUUUAUUGGGGGUAACUGUAUAGCUGAGCCCCAGAUCCUUAAUGUCAAUCAUUUAGAGGUGACAUAUGGCCAGCAGCUAAGUAUCAUGAUGAUGAGUGUUACUGAGAAAUUAGAGUUUACACCUGUGAAUAAACAGCAGUCAAAUAUGAUCUGGUCCAGAAAUGUGAAACCCAUAAAAGGAGAAGUGAUAUCGUCAGGUGAAGAAAAACGCUUCAUCAUUAAAUCUGUCACAUUUGAUGAUCAGGGAAACUACACAGAGUGGAACUUCUGGGCAAAUGUGGCUUCAGUCCAUGUAGUGAAGGUUCUCUCUAAAAGGCGUAUCCAGGGUUGUAUGCCUGGUAAAAAUCUUAGCAUUUCCAUGGACGGCCUUUUAAAGGAUGAUGUUAAACUACAGUUCUUCGGCAAAGAUUUUAACCUCACUCUGGUGGAGCGUGGCCUGCCUGUGGGCAACAAUCAGUUUGGAUAUUGGGGACGGAUUCAUGUUGCUACCAAAACUAUCCAAGUUCUUAUUGUUGAUGGUUCAGAUGUGGGGAAGUAUAUUCUCAGUGACCGUGAAAAUAAUACGGUCAUGAUCGUCACUCUGAGCAUGUUUGGCUGUGAACUUAAAACCACUCCACUGAAACUGAUACAUGGCCAGGAGUUUAGUAUCAAGCUGCCUAUUUGGUUUAAGAAGUUGGAGUUUGGCUCAGUGAAAGAAAAGCAAUCUGUUAUUUGGCCCAGUUGUGCUCUGCACACAAGGAAAUUUGUUAAAGGAUCUGGUUAUAAAAGGCAAUUUAUUAUUCGUCCUGUCACAUUUAAUGAUCAAGGAACCUACACACGGUGGAAUUACAGGGACAAAGUGUCAUCUAUUUAUAAACUGGAGGUUGUCUAUGCAACACGUAUCCAGGAUUGUGAAGCUGGUAAGACCUUGAGAAUUUCACUGGAUGGCCUUGCAAAAGAAGAUGUCACGCUGCGUUUCACCAACCAAUAUUCCAACAUCACCUUGGUGGAGAACGGCUCGCCUGUGGGCAAUUCACAUAAAAACUUCUCAGAACGGAUCGAAGUGACUAGCAGCGAUAUCCAGGUGCUCAACAUUGGUGAUUCUGAUGUGGGCAAUUACACACUCACUGAUCAUGAAGGUCGCAAGUUCAAGGUCAUUACUCCGCACAUUGUCCAUAAGCCUAGUCCUCUGUUAGCUCUUCUGCUGUUGCUUUUAAUACCACCCCUAAUUUUUUGCUGCUAUGGGGACAAGAUCUGUAAAAAAUGCAAAAAAACCACCAAUACCGCAACCAGCACCCCUAUGAGGGUAGUGAAGUCUGAAAACCAAAAUCCACUUCUUGCAGAGCGCAAGAAGCGCAAAGCUCCUGCGGGCAGCACACCGAUGAAGCAGUCUACAGCCCCAAACGCUGACUGAUGUCCGGACCUUUUUGGAUUUCGCUGUCCAAUUCAACAUUGUCAUGGGUUAGAAGUCCACCUGUUUUUCUUUACGCAGCCUUCUGUUCUACCUUACGUUCUUACAUGGCCUUCAGGGGAAAACUGGGAUAGUUAGACACAGUGUUGAUCCAAAGGUUAGUUUAAUGAGUAUAGUUUAGUUAGUGAGCAGGGGACUAAUAUUUCUAGGAGUUUUGACAUUUUUUAUUAUUGAUAAAAUUGGAAAUUACAACAACUGGAUGAACUGUAGGUCUUGCAGUAGUGUUAAAUAAUGUGUGUUCAUCCAUCUUUAAUUACUAUUAUGAUUAUAUGUAUGUAUGUAUGUAUGUAUGUAUGUAUGUAUGUAUGUAUGUAUGUAUAGAUGGAUGGAUGGAUGGAUGAAUGGAUGGAUUGACUUUAUUAUUCGCCAAGAGUAAAUUUAUUCUAAAAAUUCCACUUCUCAUACCUUUACAUCUUACUUGUUAGGGUCUGUACAUCCCAUAAAACAUUAUGCAAACCAAAAAAACUAUGGAGAAUAUUCUGUGCCAGAGAGAAAAUCAAUAACUUAAGUAAUACACAAUUAGAAUUGCUUUUUAUUUGUGACCUGCAAAAAAUAGACCAUAAUGAAAACUGAAUAAGCAUGUACAGUUUAGUUUUUCCAAGACACAAAGUAGACAAGCAACAGGAUUCUGUUCUGUACUGGUGCGUAGGUGAUGAAUUAGCAGUGAAUGCUUGCUGGCAUUAAAUCCAAACAAAAGAUUUAAUUAAUGCUCAUGUUUCUUGCAAUGUCUUAUCUUGCUCCGUUGCUCUAUUUCCUGUUAAAUUUGCUGUGAGGACAUGUCACUAUACAAGUCAGGACAUUCAAUCAGCUAAAAAAAAUGCUCCUGGGAACAUUCUUCAUUAUAAAUGUAGCAUAUAGGGACCGUUUCCAGAUAAAAAAAUAUCCACAAACACCCUGUUGUAAUUGUAGCACAGAUUUAAUAUUAAGAACAAUAUGGCAAACAUGAACCAGCAUAUUAAUCCAUUCAAGCCAAUACAAUUUAUCAUAGUUUUAUUAAGAGGAACUGGCAAAGAUAUUUAAAAUAUAGAUUUAAAACAUCAGUCAUUUUAUAGUCAAAAUGGCUGAAUUAGCAUUUCUCCUGUUCAAUUCAAUUUAUUUGAAUAGUGCUUACCACAAUGGACAUUGUCUCAAAGCAGCUUUACAGAAGUAUAGAAACAUAGAGAAAAAAAUUUUUUAAGUUAAGUUUUACUUUAAGUUACUGUUUUAUACCCAUUUUAUCCCUAUAUUUUAUCCCUAAUGAGGAAGCCUGAGGUGACAAUGGCAAGGAAAAACUCCCUGAGUUGAUAGGAGGAAGAAAGCUUGAGAGGAACCAGGCUCAGAAGGAAGCCCAUCCUCAUUUGGGUGACACUGGUUACUAAAUAAUGUAAAUGUAAAUAAUGUCCUUUCUACAACAGCAACUAUGACCUCUUGAGGAACUUUUAGGACAGAGUAGUUUCUGAGUUAAGUAUAGACUUAACACUAAUUCCUUGCUGUCGCAAGCUGACAGAUGAAACGGCAGUUCAGGGAUGGUGUGAUAGUCUCCAAGUGGUUCUAUCCACAGCAGUCCCCUGGGUCACAGGCUGUCCACGCAGAUCUAUUGACAGUAGCAGUGAGCACCACCAAGCAACAAGACUUUAACCAGGGGUAGAGCGUCUGUUCAAAUACAAGGGAGAGACAUGAUGUGAGGCAGCAAUGAUUUUAGCCUCACCUGGGAUUGCACAAUCCCUCACAAACUGGACUGAGCUUGUUUAAUUGGCGUGUGCAUGUUGCUAUCUCUCUGUAUGUCACCAAUAUAAUGCUUUUAAACACUUUUAAUAUAAGUUCUCACUUUCCAUAGUCUACCAGGUAAUGUAUUUCACGUAUGUGUAUAACAUGUUUAGUCUUGCUGAGCUGUCAUAAAGCUGCACUGAAAAAGCAAGAGGUGAGGCAGCCAGUACCUCUGCCUCACUGAAGGGGGCAUCUGUGAGCACACAGGUUUAUGCUUGUUCUGUUGCUGCUCUUCUUCCCCACAGAGAUGGCAAGCACUGAUAGGCUAGCUACCAAAUAUAGUUAAGUAUGCAGUCUGCUUAUUUUUAACAGCAAAAACUGAAGAUUCUAUAUCAAAGCUUAAAAAUUUCUCAAAACUGGGUGUAUUAAAUAAUCGAUAAUCAAUGUACAAGCAGCCAGUUUCUGAAAGACUCUUAAAAGUCAGAACAGUUUUACAUGAAUUAUGAAAUUAUGAUUAUGUGAACUGUCAAUCACCAACACUUUUUUUCUCUAACCUGUAUUUCACAUUUAUGUCACUGUAUCCCUUACAUUUUCUUAUUUUCUAAACAUAUACAUAUUCCAGAAAAGUUAUACACAACCAACUAUCAUUCCAGGAUCAAUAUAUUUACACAUCAAAUACGAAGGUCGGAUAUUUAACAUGCAAGCUUCAUGUCUGUUUUGCGCUUUUUUUUGGACAAAAUAUUACACACAUGUUUAAAAAAUAUACUGAUGCAGUUUAUCUUGCUCUCUAUUACCUCAUUUAGACCGCCAAAAAUCGUUGUAACAAACGAAAGAACAGAACACUUUAGAAGACCCCUAGACUCCACCCCUAGUGUAUCAUCAGGCAAAGCUAAUUCAUCAACAACCUCCUUUACUUUGCUAAUAAAUAACAGAUCCACCAGAAACUUAAUAAUAAUGGAAUCAUCUUUGCAUCCUUUGCUUAGGUCCAGGGCUUUGAAUCUAAACAAGUUUAAGAAAAUCUCCCAUUAAUUCACUUGCAAUUGUUAUGAAUUUCAUCUUUCUUCAUGUCACAUUUAACCUGAAACAUGUAUACUCUGCUUCAGUCACUGCACACUAGUUUAGGAAGGCCGAUUAUAAAAACGUUGAAAGAAAGGGAACUCAUCUUUUGUUUAAGUUGCUUCUAAAUUGAUUGUGAAAUUGCGUGAUUUAAUUUCAAGGCUGGCUGUGUGGCUACAGUAUUUUGGAUAAUUGUAUCUGGUAUUUGAUUUAAAUUAAAUCCUAGUUGUCCUACAGAA